UUGGAAUCAGUUGCGCACUAAACUUUGCAAACGUCGAAACGAAUCAGGCAAACAAAAAUAAUCGAGAAGAAAAAAUGGAAUCUGCUAAAUUGUUGUUAAUAGGAUUCAUCUUCGUAGCCGGCAGCCGGGCAAUGCCGCAGUAUCCAUCUAGUUACCGUUACAGUCAACAGUACUGCCGGGAUACGCUGACAGGCAGGCAGCUGUAUGUGGGAGAAGUGUUUACACGGCCGGGGCAAUGUGUGCGAGUGCAAUGUCUGGGCACACUUCGGAUAUGGGAGGAUACCUGUAAUUUGCCGGUCGGCUUGAAGGGGGACUGUCAUGUGCUGCCGCCCACUGAAACCGAUUCGGUCUAUCCGAAAUGUUGUCCCCUAUACGAAUGCAAAACGUUCACAUCGAAUCCCGAGGGGGAGCUGGAGCAAACGAACACGUAUGAUCAUGCUGGCAAUUUGCGCAAAUCGCAUCUGACCGAGGUGAUUAUCAUAAACAAGGAUCGUCUAGCACCCAAUUUACCAGAGAGGCCAACCGUUCAGCCAACUGUUCGAAAAUAUUCAGUAUGAGCAAGCGUUAUAUAUCUAUAUAUAUACAUAUCUAUGUAUAUAUGCAUAUACAUGUUUAUAGUGUGAAUUUGUAGUGUGAUCAAUUAGGCCUUAGUUAGUCGUUAAAAAUUAUCUGUGUCGCAUUGUAUUGUUACGUAUCUUGAGCAUAA